CGCCCGUUCCUUUUCCCCUCUGGCUGAGGAGCUGGCAGCAGCGGCCGCAGUAGCAGCAGCAGUGGCACUGGUGGCGGCAGCAGCAGAGGCGACCUGUCUCGGAGCAGCAGCAGCAGCAGUCGCUGGAGCCGCCGUCGCCCGUCCUGCCCCCCGCGUGCGCACGGAGCCGUAGCCGUCCGCGGGACCCCGAGCGGAGCGGACCGUACCACCGCCGGGCGGCGCGCGGGGGGGACAGCCGGGGCCCGCCCCACUAGCCCCGCCGAGCCCGGGCGCCCGACGAGGACGAGGCGGACGCCGGCCGCCGCCGGGGGCGCUGCUGCGGUCUGCGGGAGCCGGGACCGGCGCUGAGGCCGGCGUGAGGCGGGAGCCGGGGCCCCGAGGAGCCGAGUCCUCGCCGGUCGCCGCGGCCAUGGCCGAAACCGAGGAGCGCAGCCUCGACAACUUUUUCGCCAAGAGGGACAAGAAGAAGAAGAAGGAGCGGAGCAGCCGGGCCGCGGGCGCCGCCGCCGCCGGGGGAGGGGCCGCGGGGGCCGGGGCCGGGGCCGCCGGGGGCGGCUUGGCCGGAGGCGGCGGGGCCGGGGGCGGCGGCGGCGCCCGGCCGGCUGAAGGGGCGGCGGGGGCCGCGGGCGCCGCGGGGCCCGGAGCCACCACCAAGACCAAGGAUGAAGAUGAAUGGAAAGAAUUCGAGCAAAAAGAAGUUGAUUACAGUGGACUUAGAGUUCAAGCAAUGCAGAUAAGUGAAAAGGAAGAAGAUGACAACGACAAGAGAGAAGACCCAGGGGAUAACUGGGAAGAAGCUGGUGGUGGCGGCGUAGAAAAAUCAUCUGGUCCUUGGAAUAAAACAGUUCCUGUUCAAGCACCUGCUCCAAGUAUUGUUACAGAAACCCCAGAACCUGUUAUGACUGGUGGUGUAUACAGGCCUCCUGGUGCUAGGGUGACUUCAACGAGGAAAACGCCACAAGGACCACCAGAAAUAUACAGCGAUACACAGUUCCCAUCAUUGCAGUCCACUGCCAAGCAUGUAGAAAGUCGGAAAUACUGAGCCUUCGUAAGGGUUGACUACCUCAGAUUUGCUGCACUCAUUGUGGACACCAUGUGGAUCACAACUUCUGGAUAAGAAGGUUACAGCUAUUAAGUGGCGAUGUGAAACUUGAAACCAGCUCUACUGGAUUCCUAUCAGAAAUCCUUCGAAAAGUCAGCCAUUUGGGUUCUGAUCUGCUAUAAAUGACAAAGAUUUAAGUGACCUUAAUUAACCUGUCCUGGGCCCCAUCCUUAAGGAAAACUUUCUUUAGUAGCUGUGGCGAUAUACGAACCACUCUCAAAAGAACUGUGUUCAAAUAAACCCAUGCAGAGCUGUUGUGUUUUUUUUUAACCCUUUAGCUGUAGCCAUAUUCUGAGGUUACGAGAAACUAAAUUUAACCACACUUUGAAGUACAAAGUGGGAUUUGGGGGGUGGGAUAGGGGUUGAAUGGUAUUUUUUUUUCUUUAGCCAUUUUUAUUUGGGUAGCACAUGUGUUGUAUUUUCUGCCAACAAGGCCUUCCUUGCUUUGACUUAGAAUCUAAGUUCUUUGAACAGAGCAUAAUGCUUGGUUGAGUAACUUGAAACAUCUGUUAAGAGGGAUUGUGAAAUAUGUUUCAUAACCUGAUUUCCACCCCCAAGGGGCUGGAACUCCAUAGCCUUUAAAGAGCAGUGGAUACCAAGGCUUGACUUCAGGUGCUGCUAAAGCCUCUAAUCACCAGGUCUUUUAACUUGUACAGUAUGUAUCUGACAGGAGUACUGAUAUCUAGCAGGUGGGAUUGUCACCUUUUUUUUUACUUACUAGAGUAGAGGUGUUCAGUCUCCUGUGAGUUUUCUAGCAAAAUUGUCUUGCUCCUUUUUUGACUCAAACCUAUGAGUAAAUCUUAAUCAGAAGCUUGGUGUGCGCAAAAGCUUUCCUGAUGUUUCACAUAUACUGACCAAUUGUCAAUUGUGUGGUUGUUUGACAAAAUUCCCAGGUGCCACACUUGUCCCUACCUUUUCAAGGUCAGGAUAUUUAUUGCUGCAGUGAUUAUCCUGACUAGCUCUGUUGGAUGUGUCUCUGGCUGUUCAGUGGUUGGGGUAGGGGGUGGGAGGGGGGAAAGAAUGGGGCAAAAGACAGGUGACAUAGCACUUCUGUUUUUAUAAACAAUCCAGUAACUUAGUCCUUAAGUGGGACCUGACAAAGCCACCCAAAGUUAUUGCCUAUGGUAUGAAAAGUUUCAUUCUAUCUAAUUUCAGAUUCUGUUUCAUCUUUACUAGUUUUGUCACUUUGAUUCAAUACAAAUUGCAAAGUGGUAUGUGACCACUUGAUGCGCAGAGUCUAGGUUUUUCUCUAUUACAUUUCAAUGCCAAAUUCAGGAGUUGCAGACUUGCCACUGAUGAGAGUGAAGCAAGUAGGUGAGUAAAACAAAUUUCCCUGAUGUGAUAGCAGCAUUAUUCUCUUGUAAGGGAUCAGAUGCAGAAAUCACCUUCUGACCCCUGCCAACUGCUUCUUGGCGUAGUUGCUGGCGUUAUCGAAAAGACUUGGCAGGCUAGCUCCCUGGCCUCAUGAAAGGUGUACCUGGACAAGUCGCUGAGCCAAGGAGGAGUUGGAUGUUCAAAAGAGGAACUGGGCUUACUCGGUUAAACUGAAGACUUCAUUUGGGAACCAAAAACCUUAGUAAAAGAAUUGAAUAGAAUUCUUGGACUUUGAGCCAUCUCUUUUCCCUGAAAAGUAUGCAUCUUUGCCAGCAGUGUCUUGUUGGAUUAUAUUACUGAGGAAUGAACUGAGAUGAUUAUGUGGAAGUGUUAUUUAAUGGCAUAUUGUACUAGAAGUUUGAGGACCCAAGACCUGCAGUAGAUUUUAAAUCCUGACUCUUGUUAUAACAUUUUAAAGAGAUUGUGAAAUUUGUCAAAAUGCACAUUAAUCAAGUUUUAAUAUACUGUAUGAUGGGUAGAUGACUGUCCAUUGUACCUUAUUUUCCGUAUUUGAAUUCUCAGGCACGGUUUUGGCAGCGCAAGAACCCUGUAACAUCAACAAAUUCAAUAAAAUGGAAACGUAUAUGGA